AAUUAACUACAAAAAGUGACAAAAUGUCUUGGAACAGAAAACAUAGGCUAUUUAGCUCAUUUAACUGUGAGAAUAAGCGUAAGAGCACUCAGAAGGAGAACUCAGCACUUCGCUCCGUGGAGAGCACAAGGAACCAAACUACUCAAAUGAGAUCCUUCGGGAGGGAUAUGAGUAAUAUCCCGAUGUACCGGAAGGAUAAUAAGAUGCCCGCUGAUGGAUAUAAUCAGAAAAGACUUGUCCCUAAAGCAGAAUCCUGAGAGAGAGCGAAGAGAGCUGCUUCCGUAUCUGGGAAUCAGCCUAAUAAGCAAUUCCUCUCCAAAAGAGGCUCUAAUACUUUGAAGACUUUGAGAGCGAAAAAUUACAAAAAUAAUGCAUCAGGAAUGAUUACAUAUUUGCCGAACUUGCAUAAUGUUUCUGGAGCCUCAAAUUCAUCGAAAACAAGAGCUGGGUCUAACACCUCCACACAUAAUAAGGUAGCAAGGAUCAUGCAAAAGAAUAAAAUGCCUCAGAUGAACAAUGUCAUCACAAUGAGCAAAGAGAUGGUAUCAACCAAGGUGAACGGGCUCGGUAAUUUGAAUGUUGUCAAGAAAAACAUUAAGACUAAGAGGAGUGGCACUGGGACCCGCCAAGAUAGCAAAUCAAGCUUCGCUUCUGAUGUGAAUGCACCUCCGAAAGCUUUCCUGUCAACACACUCUAGAGAUGGAAGUUCGAACAAGAAGAGAAGGAUCCAAAGCCAUACCAUUUUCUCCUCCAAUCAGAAAGGCCAGGGUAUGAAUAACUCUUUACAUUCAACUUGUUCAGGAAAUAAUAGUGCAAUGAAGCCUGAAGAUAAGUUGAGAAGGUUCAAGGCUAAAAUGGAGAGAAUUCUGGCCACUAAUAUUGAUGCCAGAGAUAGGAGCGACAUCGAAGAUCCUCUCUGAUGAGUUGAGUACGUCAAUGACUGCUGUGACCACAUGCUGAAAACUGAAGGUCUCUUCCUUCCUACUUACGGAUACAUGAAAUCCCAGCCAGAUAUUAAUGAUAGAAUGAGAGGAAUUCUGGUCGAUUGGCUCAUUGAAGUUCAUCUAAAGUUCAAACUAGUCCCUGAGACUCUGUUCUUAACCAUUAACCUGAUAGACAGGUACCUUGAGAUCGAAAAGGUUAAAAGAGACAAACUUCAGCUUGUCGGAGUUACUGCAAUGCUUAUAGCAUGCAAAUAUGAAGAGAUUUAUCCUCCUGAGAUCAAAGACUUUGUUUAUAUUACCGACAAUGCUUACUCUAAGAAAGAGAUAAUGGAUAUGGAAUACAACAUGCUCAAGAAAUUUGAAUUCAACGUUACAGUAAUCUCUUCCUACAGGUUUAUUGAAAGGUUCACCAAGUUAAGCCAAGAUAAUGAGGCGAUGUUCUUUCUGGCACAAUACAUGCUCGAGCUGGCGCUUAUUGAGUAUAAAAUGAUCAAAUACAGACCCUCCAUGCUCGCCUCUGGAGCUCUUUAUCUGGCUCAUAAAAUUAUGGGGAAAUCUGACUCUUGGCCUCUUAAAGUAGAGCAAUACAGUGGACUUAAAGAGAAGGAUGUCAGGCCCUGAGCUAAGGAUAUGUGCAUCUUGUUACAAGGAGUAAACUCAUCAUCCCUCAAAGCAGCAAGGAAAAAGUUUUCUUUGACUAAAUUUGGAGAAGUGGCUAAGAUCCAAGUUGAAUCCUAGUUUGCCAAUUAAGUUCUUAACUCAAGAAAUCAACCUUAUAUAAAUCCUUAAUUUAUAUAGUUGAAUUCUUCAACU